AUGCUCAAAGGACUACCGCUUGGGUAUCUUAAUCAACUUGAACAAAGACUAGCGGAAACCGAAGCAGCUUUUUACGGGGCCUUGGUUACUCUUCGCAACUUGAGAAAUGUCCCAAUAGUUCAGCCUGCCACAAAAGCAGACGAACAACGGCCCAAGUCAACACGUAUGGAAGAGUGGUCCAAACUUCCCCUACGAAAUUGGCCAGAUAUGGAGCAUUGGAUGAACCAAACUUCUGAUCAAUUUACCUUAAACAAUAUUUCGUCCGCUUAUCCUGUCGGAGCUCCAAGACGGGGCGAUGAAAAUCCAAUCGGACAGCAUGAUAACCGGACCCGCAGCUCUGUGGAUGGAGAAAUUGAGGAAAUUCCAACACCUUAUACCUGGCAAUCCCAGAAUGAAGUUUCAAUGCGGAGUCCGUACGAAAAUCAUUCAUAUCCUCAGGCAAUUGGGUCAUCGCCUGGGUAUGUGCAUGAUGCAGUCGGGUCGGGGACCGCCGGUGUCGCGCCGUCGCUGAGCGGGGACCCCGAUGACAGCCUCGUCAUGGGAGCUACUGGCAGCGAACCUGCAAGAGUUAAAGCUGCAGAGUUGUCAAGAAACAAAUCCAGUAUUUACUUUUAA